GUUUGUUUCCAUCCAGCGAGUGGCGAGAGAGGGCGUUGAGUUGAGUGUAAACGAAACAAUGGCAACGAAAUCGGAAUCGAAAGGUAGCGGCGGUGGGAAGGUAGUUCCUGUGAUCGUGUGGAACGAAGGGCUUAGAAGGUUCGAGACGGAAGACAAGGAGGCUUACGUGGAGUAUGUGCUCAGAGAUAACGGUAACGUCAUGGAUUUGAUCCACACCUUUGUGCCUUCUUCAAAGAGGGGGCUCGGUUUAGCUUCCCACCUUUGCGUCGCUGCUUUCCAACACGCUAAGUCUCACUCGUUAUCCAUCAUCCCUACCUGUUCCUAUGUCUCUGAGACAUUUCUUCCGCGGAAUCCAUCUUGGAAUUCUGUCCUGUACAAUGGAGCUGGAAAAAUAUAGCAUCUAAGCUUAACAGUUACGCAAGCAUCUUGCUCGUACUAGUUCUACCAUUCGAAACUAUGCUUCUAACAGUGCAUUUUGCUGUAUUAAAUAAAUAUAACCACCUUUGAGAAUGAACUUUCUGUUGGAAAGUGAUAAGUAUACUAUAUUUGUAGAACUGAUAAGUAUGCUCUUAUUAUGUAGCUUUGUG